UUGCAGAGCCGCUGGCAGGGUAGUGUCUUAAAGGGCUUGCGUGCCACCGCCCCCUUCGGCCCGCCAUGCUGCUACCCGUGCCGCUGCUGCUCGGCCUACUUGGCUUGGCCGCCGCUGAGCCCACCGUGUACUUCAAGGAGCAGUUUCUGGACGGAGAUGGGUGGACCGACCGCUGGGUCGAAUCCACACACAAGUCGGAUUUUGGCAAGUUCGUUCUGAGUUCCGGCAAGUUCUACGGUGACCAGGAGAAAGAUAAGGGGCUGCAGACAAGCCAGGACGCCCGCUUCUACGCCCUGUCGGCAAGAUUUGAGCCCUUCAGCAACAAGGACAAGACGCUGGUAGUGCAGUUUACUGUGAAGCAUGAGCAGAACAUCGACUGUGGGGGCGGCUAUGUGAAGCUGUUUCCUGAUGGUUUAGACCAGGCGGACAUGCAUGGGGACUCUGAAUACAACAUCAUGUUUGGCCCUGACAUCUGUGGCCCAGGCACCAAGAAGGUUCAUGUCAUCUUCAACUACAAGGGCAAGAACGUGCUGAUCAACAAGGACAUCCGUUGCAAGGAUGAUGAAUUCACACACCUGUAUACUCUGAUCGUGAGGCCCGAUAACACCUAUGAGGUGAAGAUCGACAACAGUCAGGUAGAGUCAGGCUCCUUGGAAGAUGAUUGGGACUUCCUGCCACCCAAGAAGAUAAAGGAUCCCAGUGCUGCCAAGCCUGAAGACUGGGAUGAGCGGGCCAAGAUCGACGACCCCACAGACUCCAAGCCUGAGGACUGGGACAAGCCUGAGCACAUCCCUGAUCCCGAUGCCAAGAAGCCCGAGGACUGGGAUGAGGAGAUGGAUGGAGAGUGGGAACCACCCGUGAUUCAGAACCCUGAGUACAAGGGUGAGUGGAAACCCCGGCAGAUUGACAACCCAGAUUACAAGGGCAAGUGGAUCCACCCAGAGAUAGACAACCCCGAGUACUCCCCUGAUGCUAACAUCUACUCCUAUGACAGCUUUGCUGUGCUGGGCCUAGAUCUCUGGCAGGUCAAGUCUGGCACCAUCUUUGACAAUUUCCUCAUCACCAACGACGAGGCCUAUGCUGAGGAGUUUGGCAACGAGACGUGGGGUGUCACAAAGGCUGCAGAAAAGCUCAUGAAGGACAAGCAGGACGAAGAGCAGAGGCUAAAGGAAGAGGAAGAGGACAAGAAACGCAAGGAAGAGGAGGCGGCAGAGGACAAAGAAGAAGAGGAGGACAAAGAUGAAGAUGAUGAGGAUGAAGAGGACAAAGAGGAGGAUGAGGAGGAAGAUGUGGGCCAGGCCAAGGAUGAGCUGUAGAGGCCAUGCCACCUGCCUCUGGGGCUGGACUGAGGCCUGAGCGCUCCUGCCACAGAGCCGGCCACGCCAAAUAAUGUCUCUAUGAGACUGGAGAACUUUCACUUUUUCCAGGCGGUUUCAGAUUUGGGGUGGAUUUUGGUUUUGUCCCCCCCUCCUUUUUUUUUUUUUUUUAACUGGUGUUUUGUCUUUGAUUCUCCCUCAGCCCCCACCCCUGGGUCUCAUCUUUCUUCACAUCUUUUCCUUCCUCUGUUCUCUGCCUGAAUCCCUUAGUUCCUUUCCAGCCUGGGGGUCAGGGAGUGGGUGUGGAGAAGCCCAGGCCUGAGAUUCCAUCUGCUCUCCUUCCUGGAGUCCGGGGGGCAUCAGGAGAAAGGGGUGGCAUCCCAGCGCCCCCAGCACUGAGAAAGAAUGGGGCUCUUAGGGCCCAAGCUCUGCCCCCACUUUCUCCCUACUCCCAGGACUGGGCCACUUCUGGGUGGGGCAGCAGGUUCCAGCUCAGCUCAUACUGAGAAUGUAAGAACUACAUGCAAAAUUUCUAUUAAAUUAAGUUUUGUGUCUUC